AUGGCUGACACAAAAUUGUACGAAGUUCUUGGGGUGUCUAGAAAUGCCUCUGAUGGCGAAAUUAAGAAGGCUUACUACAGAUUAGCCAAGGAAUAUCACCCUGACAAAAAUCCUGAAGCAGGGGAAAGAUUUAAAGAAAUCAGCUUUGCUUAUGAAAUUUUAUCCAACUCUGAAAAGAGAGAAAUCUACGACAGACAUGGUUUACAAGGAAUUAAAGAAGGGGCUUCAAGUGGAUUUGGUGCAGGAAUGUUCGAUGAUAUAUUUGGUAACUUUUUUGGUUUCCCGGGUAUGGGAGGAAUGAGUGGUAUGGGAGGGGGAGGAAGAAGAGGCAGACGGAGAGGAGAAAAUACCAUGCAUCCGCUCAGAGUAACAUUAGAAGAUCUGUAUAAUGGUAAAACAGCUAAAUUACAACUGAGUAAAACUGUCAUAUGUAAGAAGUGUAAUGGUAUUGGUGGUAAAGCUGGUUCCACCAUUAAAUGUCGUGUAUGCCAAGGUCGUGGUAUUAAGGUCACAUUAAGACAGUUAGGACCUGGUAUGGUACAACAAAUGCAGUCUGUGUGUCCAGAUUGUCACGGUGAAGGUGAAAUCAUCAAUGAUAGAGACAGGUGUAAAGAAUGUAAAGGUAAGAAAGUCAGUAAUGAAACUAAAAUAUUAGAAGUCCACGUUGAUAAAGGAAUGAAAGAUGGUCAGAAGAUAACAUUCAGAGGAGAAGGUGAUCAACUUCCUGAUGUGGAGCCCGGUGAUGUAGUAAUUGUCCUACAAUUAAAGGAACAUGAACAGUUUUCUCGUGAAGGUUCCAAUUUAUGGUUCCGUCAAAAAAUUGGUUUAACUGAAGCUUUAUGUGGCUUUAGUUUUACAUUAAAGCAUCUAGAUGGUCGUGAUUUAGUAAUUAGUAAUCCACCAGGUGAAAUCAUCAAACCAGAAUUAAUCAAAACUGUUCAAGGUGAAGGAAUGCCAACCUAUAGAAACCCUUUUGAUAAGGGUGAUUUAUUCAUUAAAUUUGAAGUUGUCUUUCCACAAAAUAAUUUCAUCGCCCCUGAAAAACUCAAGAAAUUGGAGAAUUUGUUACCUGCUAGACCCAAAUAUGAAAAACCAACUGGAGAACACGUUGAGGAGGUAGAUAUGGUACCCUAUGACCAGACACGGUCAGCUGGCUCAUCGCGUGGUCGUGAAGCAUAUCAUGAUGACGAUGAUGAAGAUGAUGAAAUGCACGGAGGUGGUCCUCGAGUUCAGUGUGCUCAUCAAUAA